ACAACAGACGACACAACAACUCUGCUCUUUCAUCUCAUGUGCAUUUGAGUUGAGUUGGCAAAAGGUACCUAUGAAAAACGACAAAAGAAAAAAAACUCUUAACCUACCCUAGAUUAUUUUAGAUACGUUGAUUUGCUCUUCAAAGUUAAAUGAACUGGUGAGUUGCACAAUUAUCUUCAUUUGAAUAUAAUACUACUAAUUACAGAAGCUUUUCUCUUUCAUGAUUGUAUCAACCGGCACGAUUAUCCACCAACUUGCAGUAUUAAAAGUUAGAAUUGCAGUCAAUUUGUACCGACGGGCUGUGGUCUCUAUUUAAGAAGCAAGUGAAACAACACCCCAUUUCCUCGUAGAAAUUAAACCUCGCAUCUCAUCCGUCUGAGAAAACAAGAAACGACUCUGCCUCUGCAACAACUCUACAUAUCCAAUCUUGUGCUGCAACUUUUUCCUCAAAAUCAAACAAACAUCAUUCCCGAUAGGACAUCAGAUUUUAGUCCAGAUAUGGGGUUUGAUAAGGAAGCAAGCUCAUCCUCGCAUGUGAUACAAGCGCCACCCCUACCAAGAGAAGACACCCCCCUGUUGGGCCAACCACGCCAACUCUCUUCCCAGUCAAAGACCUUUGCCAACAUCUUCAUUGCUAUAGUUGGAGCAGGAGUUCUCGGCCUUCCUUAUACCUUCAAGAAAACGGGUUGGCUUAUGGGCUCUCUUAUGCUCUUCUCUGUCGCCCUCCUAACCUAUUACUGCAUGAUGCUUUUGGUUUUUACUCGCCGUAAGCUGGAGUCCCUCCAUGGCUUCUCCAAGAUCAACUCCUUUGGUGAUCUUGGCUUCAUGGUUUGUGGCCCCCUCGGUCGCUUUGCGGUUGAUGUCAUGAUAGUUCUUGCCCAAGCUGGCUUCUGUGUUAGUUACCUCAUUUUUAUUGCCAACACUUUAGCCUAUGUUUUUAAUGCUGAUAAUCAUACCAGUUUUCUGGGGCUCAGUCCAAAGACUAUGUAUUUGUGGGCUUGUUUUCCAUUCCAGUUAGGUUUGAAUUCAAUUGCAACAUUGACGCAUUUGGCUCCUUUGAGUAUCUUUGCAGAUGUUGUAGAUCUUGGAGUUAUCGGAGUGGUGAUGGUUGAGGAUGUGUUGUUUUUCAUGAAGAAUAGGCCGGUGUUGAAGGCUUUUGGUGGUUUCUCUGUAUUCUUUUACGGUCUGGGUGUGGCUGUUUAUUCUUUUGAAGGAGUUGGAAUGAUAUUGCCAUUGGAAUUAGAGGCUAAAUACAAAGACAAGUUUGGGAAAGUGUUGGGCUUUUGCAUGGCAUUCAUUUCUUUGCUGUAUGGAGCAUUUGGAUUUUUGGGAUACUUUGCUUUUGGUGAUGAAACCAAAGAUAUAGUCACUACCAACAUGGGAGGAGGGUUAGUAAGCACUGUGGUGCAGCUGGGUCUCUGUAUCAACCUGUUUUUUACGUUCCCAUUGAUGAUGAACCCGGUUUAUGAGGUGGUUGAGAGGCGAUUCUGUGAUUCUAGGUACUGCUUGUGGCUGAGGUGGGUAGUGGUUCUUGGAGUGAGCUUGGUCGCUCUGCUGGUCCCCAAUUUUGCAGAUUUCCUGUCUCUUGUGGGCAGUAGUGUGUGCUGUGCUCUGGGAUUUGUGUUGCCUGCUUCCUUUCAUUUGAUGGUAUUCAAGAACGAGUUAGGCUGGAAUGGAUUGAUUUUGGAUGCGGCUAUUGUGGUUCUAGGUGUGAUUAUGGCAGUCUCCGGAACCUCGUCUUCUCUGAUGGAAAUUUUUGCGUCCAAUGUCUGAAUUUGUUUUUGCCAUAUUAACAACGACUGUCCGUAGAAUAUCAGUUAAAUUCCACACUGAGGAUUGAGGAGAAAAUAAUAAAAUUUGCCUACGUACGAAUUCAUCCAGAAAUUGGUGUAUUUCAUAACUUUUCAUUGUGCACUUCUUUCUUUCUUUUUUAUACAAUUUAGCACUGCUUCAAAUGGCUAAAUCAUGGCGUUCAGGUUGGGGUUGUUAAGAUUUGAAGAGGAAUUUGGUAUUUAGAUCUCGUAGAAAAUGCUUCCUUAAUGUAGGGAAGAGCAUAGGUUGGUGUUUAAGUCUUAAUGAACUUAAACACCGGCUGAAUUCGACUUUGGAAAAAGACAUAUGCAGAUAGCAGGACCAGAAUGGCAAUUGAGGUUGAUGUUGUUAUCCGCAUAUGAGCAUAAUUGGACACCUGAUGGAUCCAUUUAAGAACCAACCUCAUCACAUGUCAGUUGAUGAAAUUUCAAAUUCAGCAAAUCAGGAGCAAAUUUGUAAUCUCUGCAAGUCCUGCAAAAAGUUGCAGGAAAUCUCCAUGAGGCUCAUGGAAAUUUCUGCAAAUUGGUACUUAGUGUAAGCCACAUAAUAUUUUGCUUCUUAAAAAUAUCUUAGAACAAAAAGAGAAAAUGCUAGAAGCCAGUUUAAAAACUGAUGUGCAUGUGCAUCUUGGAAUAGAAUGUAAACGAUGAUGGACAAAAUUCUCUUGACCCUAUCUUCCAGAAAGAGGCAGACGGGUAUUUACCUCAAAGGAAACCUAACCUACUGGUACGAUAGUCAUGGUAGGAUAUUGAUUGGAUAAACGCUGGAUUCAAUCCUGCUUCUUGUUCAAGUUGUUUACAGACCUAAAGCUUCAAGAUAGGCGGACUUAUUUUAAUCUUUUUCGCAAGAAAACUUCUCAUAUAGAAACAGUUAGUGGAUUUGCUGUUGAUACGCUUUCUAGUGACUAUGAGAAGCUCUACAUCCUUUGUAGGAAGUGAUUAAAAAACAAUGAAAUCUUCCCUUCAUUUAAAUCAUGAUGAUUGUAGGUUUCCUAGUUAAUAAGUUGGACGGUAAAGGGCGAGUCGGGUGGGAUUUUUGUUCGUCCCAAAUUCAA